UAUUCUUUUCUCGAAGAUCAUAUCAUGAAUAAUGGGAUGUGGGAUUCGGAAUGUAGCAGUGGGUGUGAAUCCGGUUGGACAGUUUACCUAGAACAAUCAUGUCUCUCUCCUUACCCUUCAAACAUAUCCAGGGGAAAACAACUACAACUAGAUGAUCAUCAUCAUCAUGGUGAAUAUGAAGAAGAAGAUGAAGAUAUGUCCAUGGUUUCUGAUGCCUCCUCAGGACCACCACAUUUUCAACAAGAGCCAGUUGAUUGCAAGACCAUUAAAGGUAAAAAGAAGAAAAACAAGGAGAAAUUCCGUCCAACACCUGACCUACAUUUGGAUGACACUGCUAGUUCUCCUGUCUUCUUCCAUUUUUCCCAGAACAAUUCAACUAUGAUUCAUAAUAAUCAAGCUGUGGAGAAUAAUAAUAAUAAUAAUAAUGAUUUUUCACAAGGGUACUCUGCAACUCAUUUCCAGGUGCAGGGUAGAUCUUCUUCAAAAGCAGAGCAACAACUGGGUUACUAUCAAUAUCAUCUCCCCAAUGGGAACCAAAUUCAAAUGCAGCAAAACCAGUGGUAUGGAUCAUGAAGCAUGAUGGGGAUGAAAAAAUGAUUAGAAGAAGAAGAAAUGGUUUGCUUAGUCAUGGAGAUCCAAAGUGAGGUCUUUUUUUUUUUUUUCUUUUUUCCUGUGCACUGAAGUGGGGUAACAAACCUGGGAUAUGUGAAAUUUUCAAUUACUUGUAAUGUUUUUUUCUCAGAAAUUUUAAUUUUAGUUUCAAUGGAA